GCUUGUUGUUCUGCUGGAUCUUGUCAGCAGAAGUGAUGAACCACGGAGAGACUCCGGCUCGACGCGCUUUGCGAGAAAACUCUGUCGCGGCGUCUGAAGCGGUUCAGAGAAGCUUACCCCAAACCCUACAGUACCUCAAGCAGGAAAAAUUCAUUACUGCCAACCAGUUGGACGGCAUAAUCACCACCGGUGGAGUUAGCGCCGCGGUCAAGGCCGGGCAAGCUCUCAGCGCCGUGGAGGUGAAGGUGGACAGCGGUAACGACCCGGUGAAGGGGCGGGAGUGGUUGGAAACGUUCCUGAAGAUUCUCCGUAGACAGGACAUCGGCGAGGAGGCGGUAGCUGGAGAAAUAGCCAAGCUCUACGAUCAAGCUGUUCCUGCAGCACAAGUUACUGCUCAAGCUACUCCUCCUCCACAAACCUCUCCACCUUUCUCCUCCACCACUCCCACCACUCCAAGGAGUGGGAAACUAAAUAUUGAUAGAGAUGUGCGCAGAGCUAAAGGCUGUCUGAAGCAUCUGGACAGAGAGGAACUGAAGGACUUGUUCCAGGAGCUGGGACUCUAUCACUCAACUGUACAGAAUAGCUACUCCGGCAGCACGAGAGCUGAAUACUCUGAAAGGUUGAUCCGGGACUGGAUUCGGGGGGAAGAUGGUGUGCUGACAUCAGAGGACUACAGUGGAGGAGCAACGUGGGAGAACCUGAGGAAAGCUCUCAAGGAAUUGAACCACCAUGGCGUAGCUAACGAUAUAUGA